AUGACAUUACAAUGGGACGAACUGCCUUCUUGGCAACGCGAUAAUCAACAUAUCCUUUCAGGUUAUCGGCCCUCAUCCAACACCUUUAGCAAAUCAUUUGCGAGCCUCACUUACCUCCAUAACGAAUCCGUCAACAUCUAUUCUCAUCUCAUCCCCGCAGUUAUCCUCUCGUUCUUGAACAUCUCAUUCUAUAGCAGUAUCUCACCCAGAUACGAGAGCUUCUCAAUCGCAGACUCCCUAGCUUUUGGCUGUUUCUUCUUGGGGGCUGUUCUGUGUCUUGGCAUAUCGGCAACCUUUCAUACAAUCCAGAAUCAUUCUUCGCACAUUGCGCGCAUUGCAAACCAAGUGGAUUAUAUUGGCAUUGUAUUUCUGAUUGUCGGAAGCUUUAUUCCGAGUCUAUUCUACGCGUUUUACUGUCACCCCAAUUUACAAAUAAUCUAUUUGACCAUGAUAUCUUUCCUCGGGCUACUUUGUGCCGCCAUUUCAGCAUCUGCUCAAUUCCGGCGCCCCACAUGGCGACCAUUUCGUGCCAGAAUGUUAAUAUCUCUCGGACUAUUGUUACACCAACCGUACAGUGAGGUAUAG